AUGACGGAAACUGAAGUCAGGAAGUCUGCAGACUCGAAUACCGCCAAGAGUCCAGCGGUUCUCCACGUAGAGAAAACUGCAGCCCACAAUGGCCUCGAUCUCGUGGCUCUCCGUCAGCGAUACCCGCUUCUCGCUGACGCCUCGGACGAGAAACUGGAGAGCUUGAACAAAGCUGUUCUUAAAAAGCUGGACUGGUGGUUCUUGCCAUCCAUCACUAUGAUGCUCCUCAUGAACUACCUCGACCGAAUCAAUGUCUCCAAUGCGCGACUCGCUGGAAUGCAGGACGACUUGCACAUGUCCGACGUUGAAUGGUCCGCCGGGAUUUCCCUGUUUUACGUUGGGUACAUCAUAUCUCAAGUGCCAGCGAAUAUAAUCAUCGCCAAAGGCCAACCUCGCCUAAUCAUGCCAAUGAUGAUGUUGGGUUGGUCGACCGUCACAAUAUGCAUGCCCCUCAUGACCCGACCCUGGGGCUUCAUGCUUUGCAGAUUUCUUGUCGGGUUCACCGAAGGCCCGUUUGUCCCCGGAGUAGCGCUCAUCACCUCUUCAUGGUACACCAAAGAAGAGGCCCCAUUUCGGAUGGCUAUCUGGCAUGCUGGAAAUAUCAUCUCCAACGUCUUCUCUGGAUUACUAGCUGCCGCUAUUCUCACCAACAUGGAUGGCCUCGCCGGCUUAACCUCUUGGAGAUGGUUCUUCCUUUUGGAAGGAAUCGUCAGCAUUAUCGUCGGAGUGGCGGGAUUCUGGACUCUACCCAACUUCCCAAACAACACUGGUAACGGAUAUUUCACUGAAGAACAGACCCAAAUGGCACAAUACCGCAUGCUCGUGUCUGCUGGAGGUAUUUCGGAAGACGACGAGGGUGACUACUGGGGUGGGUUCUGGAUGGCAGUGAAGGACCCUUUUACCUGGAUGUUUGCAGCUCUCCACUUCGCAAUCAUCAUCGGUCAAUCUUUCAAGGACUUCCUCCCUUCGAUUAUGGACACUCUUGGAUUCUCCAAGACAAUCACAUAUCUCAUUCAGGCGCCGCCAUACGUCAUCGCCUAUCUUGUCACUCUCGCUGUCUCGUGGUCUUCUGGAAGAUACCUUGAGCACUGCUUCCACAUUAUCGGUCCCAUGGCUGUCGCUAUAACUGGUGCUGUUAUCAUGAUCAGCACACUUAAUGUCGGUGCCAGAUACUUCAGUCUGGUCUUGCUGUGCAGUGGCCCGUUUGUCGCUCUCAACAUUCACAUUCCGUGGGAGACAGCCGUCGUCCCUCGCCCACGAACCAAGCGAGCUGCUCUGAUUGCCAUCGCGAACUGUGCCUCAUCUGUCUCGCAUUGGUUCACCCCUUACUUUUUUCUGCGAUCUCAGGAGCCCCGUUACCAGACAGGCGGCGGUAUCAUUAUUGCCGGUUGUGGUCUAUCAAUCAUAUUGUGUCUUAUUAUAAGAUUCGUGUGCCAGAGGAAGAAUAUCGAGCUUCAGAAACGAGAGGAUGAAACUGGGGAGAUCAAUGCUUUUAGAUAUGCUACCUAG